CUUGUCGUGCAGUAUUGCAUUCCCUUCGCUCUGUUACUGCAGUCAACAAUAAACCAUAUCAAAGCUACGUGGCGCGAACACCCUGACCGAUUGCAGGUCAGCGACCCGUUGCAUAUUUCUGCUUGGCGUUAAACAUGCACGUUGAAGUAAAAACACGAUCCUAGUUUCGCGGGAGAUUUCAAACUCAAACACGGAGCGGCCAAGGUCGCGCGCGGAGAGCCUAGUAGGAUGGCACUCGCGCCAAAACUCCUGGCUUCAGCUCGAAAGCGCGCCAUCUUUCUGGUAGAAAGUGCCUACACGUCCGCCAUUCCGCGUAAAGAAGUCGCGUGGUCUCCCAGUCCGUGGCUUGGUGACCUGCUAGCAGUGUUUAUUGUUAGUUGUGCUUCAUUGCCAUCGUCACUUUCGAUUUCACCAAGUGUCACCGACACCCCAUUCACACAAACCCAUCGACCAUCAUGGCACCGUCCCAGUCUACCAUCGAAGACGUUUACACCGCGGACCCCACCACCGACAUCAAGAUCACUGGCCUACCCACUCUUAACAAAUCAACGGCAAUCGCAACAGCCACCUCCCCGGUCAUUGACGAAUAUCUGGACAAGAUCACAUGGAAAGCGGCCGAGAACUCGAACGUAACGUUCUCGCUGCAGGGUUUGAGUCAGCAUAUCGCCACCAGCAUCGUCGAGGAAUACUGGCUGCACAAGCUUUACACUGACAAGAUCCGCGACUAUGUCAAGGAGAAUCGCUUCCACAUCCACGAUCUGGGCUAUCUCAGUGCCUACUGCUCGGGGUGGAGCACGGAAGAUAUCCUGAUCCACGGGUUUGGUGGGGUGCCCAACAAACUACAGUGUCGUCCGCCCAAGCACUUCAACACUGCUCUCAACCAGAUCGUCAACUUCCUCUUCACUCUUCAGGGCGAGAUGGCCGGUGCUCAGGCGCUGUCGAAUCUCGACACUUACAUCGCCCCGUUCAUCCGCGUGGACGAACUGAACUACAGUGAGGUCUUCAAGUUCAUCCAGUCCUUCGUGUACUCACUCAACGUGCCUACCCGUAGCGGAUUCCAAGCCCCUUUUACCAACAUCUCGCUCGAUUUAGUCUGCUCGAAUAUCCUCGCGGACCAACCAGUUAUUAUCGGUGGUCAGCAGCACCCUACGUGGGUGUACAGGGACUUCCAAGAGGAGAUCGACAUAUUCAAUAAGGCGUUCGCCGAGGUCAUGAUCCAGGGCGACGGCAACGGAUCCAUCUUCAGCUUCCCCAUUCCGACCUACAAUCUAACCAAGGAGUUCGACUGGAACUCACCUCGAUUCAAGCCGAUGUGGGAGAUGACAGCCAAGUACGGCGUGCCCUACUUCGCCAACUUCAUCAACUCGGAUCUAAACCCUGCAGACUUCCGAUCCAUGUGCUGUCGUCUGCGGCUGGACACUCGCAAGCUCCACACUCGUGCAGGUGGUAUCUUCGGCGCCACACCUCUCACCGGUUCACUGGGAGUUGUGACGCUCAACUUGCCCAAUCUCGCGAUGCGCUCGACGUCGGUGGUUAAGUUCUUUGAUGCUAUUAAGGAGACGAUCGCUGUCGCUAAGGAAUCGCUGGAGAUCAAGCGUAAGGUGAUUGAAUCCAACAUGGCGCUGUAUCCGUACACACGCUUCUACUUGAAGAGCGUGUACCAACGUGCCAAGAGCUACUGGGCCAACCAUUUCUCCACUAUCGGCGUCAUAGGUAUGAACGAGGCCUGCUCGAUCCUGCUAGGUCGCGGUAUCUAUCAUAACAAAGACUUCGCUCGUAGUGUGCUGCAGUUUAUCAAGGACGAACUGCAGGGGAUCCAACUCGAGACCAAGCAUCUGUACAACUUGGAGGCCACACCUGCCGAGUCGACGUGCUACAAACUCGCAAAGAUCGAUCACGAGCUGUUUCCAGACGUCAAGUUACCUGAGUUUUACACAAACUCGACGAUGCUGCCGGUGGAUUCAACGGACGAUCUGUUCGAGGCAUUGACUCACCAGGAAUCGCUCCAGACCGAGUACACGGGUGGCACGGUGUUCCACGCUUUUUUGGGCGAGCGUCUAUCAAGCUGGACUCAAGCUCGUGACCUUGUCAAGUCGAUCACCACGACGUACCGGAUCCCGUACGUGACUUUGACACCGACAUUCAGUAUCUGUUAUACGCACGGCUACCUUGCUGGAGAACACUUUAAGUGUCCUCUAUGUGGAGAGAGGGCGCUGGUCUACUCGCGUAUUGUCGGCUACUUCCGCCCCGUGUCCGACUGGAACGCUGGUAAAAAGGUCGAGUUCAGUAUGCGCAAGAUCUACACUGCGAUCGAGAACGAGCCCAUCGACUUCCAAAUCGGCGGAUUCACUAAGACCACGUACACCGAUUACCCGGACAGGCCUGUUGCGUCUAUCCUGUUCACUAAAGGGUGCAACCUCAAGUGCGGUUGGUGCCAUAACAGUGAUCUGGUGAACGAGAAGCCCGAGAACUUGGACCCUCAUGCGAUUCUAAAGUACGUCGCUUCUACGGAGCACCGGAGUCUGGUGAUCUGCGGAGGGGAACCCACGAUCCAGUCCGGUUUAAUCCCGUUUCUACGUCGUGCUAAGGAGCUCGGAAUCACCGUCAAGCUCGACUCGAACGGUAGCAACCCGAAUAUGCUGCAAAAGAUUUUUGAUGAACAUCUCGUGGAUUUUAUCGCCAUGGACGUUAAAGCCGACCCGGAACGCUACGGUGAAGUUGCCUGCAAGCCUCUUCGCCCCAAACUCCUAUCGAAGUCGAUUGAGAUCAUCAAGAAGUCGAGCAUCAAACACCAGUUCCGUACGACGGUGGUGCCUGGGCUGGUUGAUAUCGAGGACAUCGCGGUGAUUAAGGGAUUGAUCGGGGAAACCCCAAAGUUGCAACGCUUCAGAGCUUCGGAGACCUGCAUCGACGCCAAGUUCCGUAGCCAUCAGGAGCACACUGAAGAGGAGUUCGAAGAGGUCAUUAAGACUGCCAAGAAGCUGUAAGCGCAAGAUGGAUCGUUCACGUGCUUCAUGUAAGACCGUGCACUCGAUGUUUUUGUCAUCGAAACCCUCAUUGGCGACACAAGAGCAUGCGUCCUCACGGGAGAGCGGCAAAGUCCAGCGGGUUGAGUGGGCUGCACGUCGAUGAUGACGUAGUUGAAAAGCAAAUUUAAGCUUAUACGUUUUGAAAUUUAACUGUAAGACGAACGGUCCCGGUAAGAUGGGCGAGAAUUGCCACACUGCGGACUCCAACGUGUAGCUUCAGAGCAUCCUUUACUACCGGGCGUGAAUUGAUGGGACCCGCUUACGUAUCCAAUUCCAGCAACCCUUUCACUACCAGAGGUGAAUAAUAACAGAGGACCGCCGAUAAAUGCACAAACGAUAAGAAAGAUGGUGCCCUCUACUUCAUAUUGCUUGAUAGUGGAUCACAAUCGCUCGCCGAAAAUGGGUCAAUUUCGAGGCGAUUUGUGCACAAAUUCCACUCUAUUUCCUAUUAUUGGUAGCAAAAAAUCGGCACUGUAUCACUAUUAUAAGGAUAGUCCCUAGAUGAAAUCGUAGUGUUACAGUGUGGUGUGUGUACCAACUUUUAUUGCUGAGUCAGCAGUGCUGACUAACGCC